AUGGCCGAGAAUGAAAAACUUCUUGUCGAAGACAGUCCGCAGGAUGAGAAGGAGUUGCUAGAAGUUCUCAACUCUCAAAUGUCCAAAAAAGAAUGGGAAGUCGUCAUGAAGUCCAGCGAAAAGAUGCUCAAGAUAGGCGGCUUCCAAAAGGUAAUGAUUAACUUUCACUAUAUUAUCGGAUCGUUUUGAAUGAAAAAUCAAGAAUUGAGUUUAUCUAUUUAAUUUUCUACGCUGACUUCAAAUCUGUGUAUGAAAACAAAAAUAAUUGCCUCGUGAGGAUCUAGUCUUUCCUGUGAGCUUCUACCGGUUCAUUUAUUUUUUUUUUCAGAUGACCAAAGACAAGAAACUUUUUGCCAAACCCGCUCCGCUGAGGGAAAAAAGAACUACAAGACAAGCUUCUCGAGUCCAACGACGAGGAGAAACCAGAAAAUCUGCAAAGACGAUUUUUAAAUUGUAA